AUGCCUCUUUCAUUCCCCAUCUUCACUGAUUCUCCAGAAGUCCUUCAAAAGGAUCUCAGUGGAUCAACCAAACCACAAUACGUGAUCUUUUUCGCCUCCCUCAAGCCUGAGACAAACGAAUCUUGGUGUGGAGAUUGCCGAAGCGCGGAAGGUCCCUUGACUGAGAAGCUUCAUGUAGCUGCAAAGGAGAACAGGGUUAAGCUUAUCUACGUAGGAUCCCAGGCUGAAUGGAGAGAUUUAUCACCGGGAAAGAAAAGUCUUUGGAGAGAUGAGCCAUGGGGUAUUGAUAGAUUGCCUACUGUGGUGAAAAUCACUGGGGAGAAAUGGGAGAAGUUGAUUGAGGAAGACUGUUAUAAUGAAAAGAAGUUGAGUGCUUUUGUCGAGGAAUAGUGAUUCCAAGAAAUGUGUGGAGUGUCCGUUUACAACUACUGCAGCUCUCGCUGUCACUAUAACUAAGUAUCAUGAAUAUUCAUUAUCGCACAUUGUGUUCUCUGCGUGCCUCUGUUGAACAUAAUCUUCGCAUUUAAUCUCUACUAAA